AUUUCUGCCCGCAACAGUUGUUAGUGACGCACAAGGAAAGAAUGCAGCCUUCCUGCAGGACAUGUUACUGUGUCUUCUGGCAGGCUCAAACGUGCUCAGGUAGAUUACUUCAUAUUCCAAUGGCAGCGUUUUGAAAAGAAGAGCACACAUGUGGACGGCCACUCCUCUGUUUGGAUGUGUGUCACUGAUCGUUCCUUCCCCCUGCUCUUCUCUUUCACCGCCAUGUCGUUCACUGGGAAGUACGAGCUGGAGAGUCAGGAGAACUAUGAGCCGUUCCUUGAAAUAAUCGGAAUUCUCAAUUCCAAGACUGACUUCAAAGUGCAGACAGAAGUGCAUCAGGACGGGAAUGACUUCACGUGGACUCAAAGCAUCCCAGGCUGGACCUGGUCUAAUAAGUUCACCGUUGGCCAGGAAUGUGAGCUGGUGACAAUGAAGGGCUCCAAAUUCAAGGCCCCCGUCUUUCUGGAAGAUGGGAGGAUUUCCGUACAAUUUCCGCAAUACCACUUCACAGCUGAGAUGGUGAACGAUAAGUUGGAAGUGACUUGUACUACUCCAGGAGACAAGGGAGUGACCUUCACAAGAGUUAGCAAGAGGAUUUGACGCCACAAGAGCUAAGAUGCUUGAAAGAGAAUCAGGCUGCAGACGAAUGGAAGAUGGCGGCUGGUUCCUACCACUGCAAGACGGACAACACAAAACAUCUCUCAAGUAUAUUUUGUGUGUGUGUCACUUUCAGUCUACAGUGCUCCAGCUGCCAGUGCUCAUGGUGUGUCAACCAUAAACCGUUUUAAAAAUCUAAUUAUGAUGUCUCAAGUAAUUAUGUGUUUCAUCUUUUAACUCAGCAAUUGCGUGGAUGUUGGAAAAAAGAAGAAAACUAAGGGACAUACAGUAUAUGUAGACUCCAGGUGCAAAGGUGCCCUAGGAGGUGAACAAUUUGCGAUACCUACACCAAUGUUUGCCUUUUUAACACUGCGUAACCAGAAAAGUGUAGUGAGGAUGGCACAGAGAGAAUCAGUGAUCAUAAGCGUACAAAAGCAGUCCGGUACACACACCUGUCCUGGUUGCUGAGUUAAACAAUGUGAAAGCAUUCAUCGUCAUAAAGUACAUCAAUAAUUCAUCAUUUCAAACAACAGUGCAUUUCCAAAAAAAAAAAUAGCAAAAGUAAUGCCGACUGGAGACAAACACCACUUCACAAAUUACAGACGAGUCUUUUUACUUCCACAAUUUGCCAAAAUAAUUUAAAAAUGAGUGACCAAAAGGUUGGAAAAAUCUAUAAGCAAAAGUAAGUUACUUACGUACAGCCGAUACUAGGUACGGUAUGUCCCGACUUUUUUACUUUCGAUACGAUACUGAUAUUGCCGCUUAGGGUGUUGUCUAAUACCGAGCUAUAUAUGUAUGAUAGAUAUAUGAUAGAUAGAUUAUACAUAUACAUAUAC